UGUGCUGAGCGCGGAGCUGCAGCCGCCGAGCCGGACGUGUCCGCGAAGAUGGCGGGCCGGAGUAUGCAAGCUGCAAGAUGUCCUACGGACGAAUUAUCUUUAACUAACUGUGCAGUUGUGAAUGAAAAGGAUUUCCAGUCUGGCCAGCAUGUGGUCGUGAGGACCUCUGCCAGCCACAGGUACACAUUCACACUGAGGACCCAUCCGUCAGUGGUCCCAGGGAGCAUUGCAUUCAGCUUACCUCAGCGAAAAUGGGCUGGACUUUCUAUUGGGCAAGAAAUAGAUGUGUCCUCAUAUACAUUUGACAAAGCCAAGCAAUGUAUUGGCACAAUGACCAUCGAGAUUGAUUUCCUCCAGAAAAAAAGCAUCGACUCCAACCCUUAUGACUCUGAUAAGAUGGCAGCAGAAUUUAUUCAACAGUUCAACAACCAGGCAUUCUCAGUGGGACAACAGCUUGUGUUUAGCUUCAAUGACAAGCUUUUUAACUUACUGGUGAAGGAUAUUGAAGCCAUGGAUCCUAGUAUCCUGAAGGGAGAGGCUGCGACAGGUAAAAAACAGAAGAUUGAUGUAGGACUGGUUGUUGGCAACAGUCAGGUCGCAUUUGAGAAGUCAGAAAAUUCGUCACUCAAUCUUAUUGGCAAAGCUAAAACUAAGGAAAAUCGCCAGUCUAUCAUCAAUCCUGACUGGAACUUUGAAAAAAUGGGAAUAGGAGGUCUGGACAAGGAAUUUUCAGAUAUUUUCCGACGAGCAUUUGCUUCCCGAGUGUUUCCUCCAGAGAUUGUGGAACAGAUGGGUUGCAAACAUGUUAAAGGCAUCCUGUUAUAUGGGCCUCCAGGUUGUGGUAAAACUCUCUUGGCCCGACAGAUUGGCAAGAUGCUGAAUGCAAGAGAGCCCAAAGUGGUCAAUGGGCCGGAAAUCCUUAACAAAUAUGUGGGAGAGUCAGAGGCCAACAUUCGUAAACUCUUUGCUGAUGCUGAAGAGGAACAAAGGAGGCUUGGUGCUAACAGUGGUUUGCACAUCAUCAUCUUCGAUGAAAUUGAUGCCAUCUGCAAGCAGAGGGGGAGCAUGGCCGGCAGCACAGGGGUGCACGACACCGUGGUCAACCAGCUGCUGUCCAAAAUCGACGGGGUAGAGCAGCUCAACAACAUCUUAGUCAUUGGAAUGACCAACAGACCAGAUCUGAUAGACGAGGCUCUCCUUCGACCUGGAAGACUGGAAGUUAAAAUGGAGAUAGGCUUACCAGAUGAGAAAGGUCGACUACAGAUCCUUCACAUCCACACCGCAAGGAUGAGAGGACAUCAGCUGCUCUCUGCCGACGUCGACAUUAAAGAACUGGCUGUGGAGACCAAGAAUUUCAGCGGUGCUGAGCUGGAGGGUCUGGUGCGGGCAGCACAGUCCACUGCUAUGAACAGACACAUAAAGGCUAGCACUAAAGUGGAAGUGGAUAUGGAGAAAGCAGAGAGCCUGCAGGUGACAAGAGGAGACUUCCUUGCCUCUCUGGAGAAUGAUAUCAAGCCAGCCUUUGGCACAAACCAAGAGGAUUAUGCAAGUUAUAUUAUGAAUGGUAUCAUCAAAUGGGGUGAUCCAGUUACCCGAGUUCUGGAAGAUGGGGAGCUGCUGGUUCAGCAGACUAAAAACAGUGACCGCACACCUUUGGUUAGCGUCCUUUUGGAAGGCCCUCCUCACAGUGGGAAGACUGCCUUAGCUGCAAAGAUCGCAGAGGAGUCCAACUUCCCCUUCAUCAAGAUCUGUUCUCCUGAUAAGAUGAUUGGCUUUUCUGAGACAGCCAAGUGUCAGGCCAUGAAGAAGAUCUUUGAUGAUGCAUACAAAUCCCAGCUCAGUUGUGUGGUUGUGGAUGACAUUGAGAGACUGCUUGAUUAUGUCCCUAUUGGCCCACGAUUUUCUAACCUGGUAUUACAAGCUCUUCUUGUGUUACUGAAAAAGGCACCUCCUCAGGGCCGCAAGCUUCUCAUCAUCGGGACCACGAGCCGCAAAGAUGUCCUUCAGGAGAUGGAGAUGCUCAAUGCUUUCAGCACCACCAUCCACGUGCCCAACAUUGCCACGGGAGAGCAGCUGCUGGAGGCUCUGGAGCUUUUGGGCAACUUCAAGGAUAAGGAACGUACCACCAUCGCCCAGCAUGUCAAAGGGAAGAAGGUCUGGAUAGGAAUCAAGAAGCUGCUGAUGUUGAUCGAGAUGUCCCUGCAGAUGGAUGCUGAAUACCGUGUGAGAAAAUUCCUGGCCCUCUUAAGAGAAGAAGGAGCUAGCCCCCUUGACUAUGAAAAUGGAUUAUUUUCAAGCACAUAGUGACCAAGAGAAGCGACCAAGGUGAAGAUCGCCUGGGGCCUUCACGACGUACUCAAGAUACUGGACUGGGUGUAAUGUCCCUCCCGCCAUGCGCUCGCUCUGCAUGAGUAGUGCGGUAACCUCCCUCUGCCUCCUGAGAUACCCCUGUUUUGUGGAAGGCAUCAAUUUGCUCUAGAAUGCUGUGCUUACCUCUCUGUGCAAGCUAAGAUGAUUCCUUCUUCUCAGCCUCUAAGUGUAUUUGUGAACACUACACAUCACCCCCACCGCCACCAUCCAACUCUCAAUAAACAAAAUGCUGUUGCAAGACAACAUGGGCCUAUUGGAAGGAAGAGUGUAGAUCAGUGACUAGAGGUGUGGGCUUACCUGACAGCUGUGCUGAGGGCCAGGAAUUACUAAAGGUAAUUCAGUGUUUAGUUAAAAGUUCUCCCAGAAAACUAGUGGCUACUUUUGCCUGAAGAAACUGGGUUUUGAAUUUUUAAGCUGCUCUUCUCAAUCAUUUCCAGAGCUGUUUCCAAGUUGCAAUCAGGAGGAGCUCUUUCUUAACAGUCAGAUUCUUUCUUGUGUGGGCUGUGACAUCCCUGUAACGUAACUUAGUUUGCUGUGGUAAGCGACAUGCUAAUCAGUACUGCUUGGUAGAUGUUGUCAAAAACUUGUGAAAGUGUGUAUGGGAAAAACAAACACCCCGAACCGGAAAAGCGUUGUUAAAAUUUAAGUCAUUUACAAAUCUCUCAGCACUAACCAGGGUCCACUUCUCAACGGCCAGCUCCUUAGUUUGACACUGAGGCUUAUUUGCGUCGCCACUUUUCUGUUUCCCAAAUGACUUUAGAAUUUAGCCUUCAUUUUAAAUGAGUUGUACUAGCUAACAUCUAAGUAAAACACUAUCUCCAGAAAAAAUAACCCCCUUCCUGGCGCUCCCCCUCAGUCCUUUCAUAUCCAUUCCAAAGCAUUGGACAUUUCCUCCCCCACACGAUGUGUUUCUUCCCGAGGGAAGAGAAUGGAUAAUCUGUUUUGUAACUGCGCUACAGGACUCCACCUAGGCCAUCCUACCUGGUGAUGAGGACUCUGAAGCAUGCCACCACCUCCCCAUUGCUACUUGAAACUCGAGGACAGUGUCUCCUGUGAGGCUUGUGCCAGUGUCCCGUGGGUGUGGCUCUGACAUUUGUCCCUGCGGUUAGAGGGCAGAUUAUCUCCAGAUCUUGCUAUCUGUAUAUUUUGCUAACCAUGCACAUCUGAUCUACUGUUUGGGGUUUUACCCCUAGCUUACUUUGUGGCUUUUUAAAAAGUGGAUUGUAUCGUGACAUCCGGUGAUUCCUGGUGGUCAGUGUCUGGACCCCCUCGUUUGUUUUAAAUUUUGCCUCCUUUCUCUUCCCAUGAAGGCAGCAGAUGUUGUAUUAACUUCUGUCUCUUGUUAAGUGAGAUUAAUGUCUUUGUUUUGUCCAAAACUAUAUUGAAAAAUAUAAAUACUAUAUUGUUUAAUGCAAAUGAAGGAAUGCAAUAAAGAGUAUGCAUACUUGAAACGUUCUCUAGACCAAUAUUUUGA